AUGAUCUUUUCGUCAUUUAUCUGCCCUGUUUCCUCUCCGUCUCGUCCGCCUCUUGCCUUCCGUGGAGAUCUUCCAAACCCUAACCCUAGCGGCGUCCGAAAGCCCAUGAUGGCUGCCGAGGUGAGCUCGAUGGUACGAGGGGUUAGCGGGUACAAGGAGGAUGGUGAUGGAAAGAGGGAUCUCGUAACAAUAGAUCUUCUUGGUGGUGGGAAGGGGCUCGUCGGAAGCGGCGAGGUUGGUGUGGAGCUCGAGGUUCCCGUUGCCUGGGAUCUGCACCUCCACCAACUGAAGACCGGCCCAGAUCCGGUGCUUCGCGAAUUGCAAGACCUUAACCUACCGCCACCUCUCUCAGGAGGCGGAGUCGUCGUCUCGGAGAAAUCAUCUUUGCUCGAUCUCAGCCUCUCGGCGAUCUCGGCCUCGCGUUGUGCCGCGCCAGCAUCCACCUAUCGCAGCGUUUGUACGCUUGAGAAGGUAAAGUCGGCGUUGGAGAGAGCAGAGCGAGAGUUGAGGUGGAGUCACCGACGGCGAUCGGACUGCGGCAGCUCCGCUUCGCCAUCAUCUUCGACUACAUCUUCUUCCUUAAAGCGACGGGCCACGGACGACACUGAUUUGUCUGAAGUUCAGGAUUCGCCGCCACAUUCUCCGGCGCCAGCAACUGGAGGAAUGGUUGCUGUUGGCUGUCCUGCUUGUCUUUUAUACGUGCUGAUCUCUACUUUGGAUCCUCGGUGCCCUAGGUGUGACUCGUACGUGCCGAUUCCGGCAUUGAAGAAGAAGCCUCGGAUAGACCUCAACUGUUCUUCUCUACAGUUUUAUUGAUCGUGACUGAAAUGAAUCGAUUUUUAGUGUGAAGA